AUGGCUUCGAUAAACUUCUUAGCCAGUCCAAACUGUGUUUCGCACUCCAUCAAAGCAUCUUCCAAAAGCUUUGAUCAUUUGACAGAUGUGUUUCCUCUUGGAAACAGGAACUUGCCCGGGAGGACCUCGCGAGGCGACCCUCGAGAGCUCAGCAUCACAAACGUCGCUAGCCAGGCCCCGGUCGUCUCUCGAUCGUCGCCGGGGAAAGAAGCCGUCAGCGACCGGGAUCACGUUGCCUGGACGAGCGUCCGGCAACACCAGUGGGAGGGCGAGUUGGCCGUCGAAGGGGAGCUACCUCUCUGGCUGAGCGGAAUCUAUCUGAGGAAUGGUCCCGGUCUAUGGCACGUCGGAGACUACGACUUCCGACACCUCUUCGACGGUUACGCCACGUUGGUGAAGCUGCAGUUCGAGAACGGGCGGUUGAUCGCCGGCCACCGGCAGAUUGAAUCGGAAGCAUACAAGGCCGCGAUGAAGAACAACAAGCUAUGUUACCGAGAAUUCUCCGAGGUCCCUAAGGCAGACAAUUUCCUAUCCUAUGUUGGCGGGCUUGCUAGCUUGUUCUCCGGGGCAUCGCUGACUGAUAACGCCAACACAGGCGUCAUCAGGCUCGGAGACGGACGAGUGGUUUGCCUCACCGAGACGCAGAAGGGGUCGAUAAUGAUCGACCCAACCACGCUCGAGACCUUAGGGAAGUUCAAGUACACCGACUCCUUAGGGGGUCUGAUACACUCUGCCCAUCCGAUCGUGACCGACACCGAAUUCCUGACGCUGCUGCCCGACCUGAUCAACCCGGGCUACUUGGUGGUGAGGAUGGAGCCGGGAUCGAACGAGAGGAAGGUGAUCGGGAGGGUGGACUGCAGGGGCGGCCCGGCACCUGGCUGGGUCCACUCGUUCCCCAUGACGGAGCACUACGUCGUCGUGCCGGAGAUGCCCUUGAGGUACUGCGCGCAAAACCUCCUCAGGGCCGAGCCCACUCCAUUGUACAAGUUCGAGUGGCACCCCGAGUCCAAAGGGUACAUGCAUAUCAUGUGUAAAGCCAGUGGAAAAAUCGUGGCAAGUGUGGAGGUUCCUCUGUACGUGACGUUUCACUUCAUCAAUGCGUACGAAGAGACGGACGAAGACGGGCGAGUUGUGGCCGUGAUCGCCGAUUGUUGCGAGCACAAUGCGGACACGACCAUCCUCGAUAAGCUCAGGCUCCAAAACCUCCGCUCCUUUGCCGGCCAAGACGUACUUCCUGAUGCUAGGGUCGGGAGGUUCAUAAUACCAUUAGAUGGGAGUCCAUAUGGGAAGUUGGAGGCAGCAUUGGACCCAGAUGAACAUGGGAGAGGCAUGGACAUGUGCAGCAUCAACCCUGCCUUCUUGGGCAAAAAAUACAGAUUUGCCUAUGCUUGUGGAGCCCAACGCCCUUGCAAUUUCCCCAACACCCUCACCAAGAUUGAUCUAGUGGAGAAGAGGGCGAAGAAUUGGCAUGAGGAUGGCGCCGUGCCCUCGGAACCAUUCUUCGUGGGUAGGCCAGGGGCCACCGAGGAAGAUGAUGGUGUGGUGAUCUCAAUGAUUAGUGAGAAAAAUGGAGAUGGGUAUGCAUUGCUGCUUGAUGGCUCCACUUUUGAGGAGAUUGCCAAAGCAAAGUUCCCCUAUGGCCUUCCUUAUGGUCUCCAUGGUUGCUGGGUCCCAAAGAAAUAA